UUUUUAAGCCUAUCGUGAAGUUCUGUCGGCCGAGGAGUCGGUCGGAGCCGACGGCAAAGCGCGACGAAUUGACGGCCGAUCUCUACGAAGGUAUCGGCUCAGCGACUAUAAGUGGCUAACUUAUGGACAGAUCGACACAAUCACCACAGCUAUGGCCAAAGGACUGGCGGCUAAUGGGGCGGCCUUUGGGGACAAGAUAUUGAUCCUAUCGGAGACACGGGUUGAAUGGUUUCUGUGCGCUCAGGCGAUUGCCAAACUCGGCGGUUGUAUUGUUACCCUCUUCUCUAAUCUCGGUGACGAGGGAAUCGUUUACGGUAUAAAUCAAACAGAAAUCAAACUAAUGAUAGUGUCGUGUGAUUUGAUGCCAAAAAUACGUUCACUAAUCACUAAAAUACCGACCGUUCAGACAAUCGUUUACAUAAAUCCUAAUAAUCUCCAGAAAGACAUUACUAGCUCUCAAGUGAAUGGCUUUCCCGACAAUAUCCGACUCCAGUCCCUGCAAGAGGUGGAGCGCACCGGCACUCAGAUGUCGGACAUUCAGUUCCAGACACCGAAACCGGAGGACGAGUUUGUUAUAAUGUAUACGUCGGGCACAACGGGUACUCCAAAAGCGGCGAUCGCCACACAUCGGCAAAUGGUCGACGGCUCGGCCAACGCCGUACUCCUCGUCGUCAAAGAUGUCAUCCAAGAGAGUCGGAGUCAUAUUUAUAUAGCAUUCCUGCCAUUGGCUCAUGUCUUGGAGCUUACCAUUGAAUUCUUCCUCUUCUAUGGGGGUGUGAGGAUAGGGUACGCCUCGCCAUUUACACUGACCGACUCGGCCCCGGGUCUGGUAAAGGGCCAAAAAUGUGAUAUAAAACUGUUGAAACCAACUGUCAUGACAUGCGUUCCUCUUGUGUUGGAUCGGAUCAUAAAAGAAGUUCACGACAAACUGAACGCCCGGACGCCCGUCUCCGUCGACUUCUUCACAUACAUAAUGGGCUACAAAUCAAAGUGGACUCAAAAGGGAUACGACUGUCAUAUUGUCAACAAUCUUGUCUGCAGUAAAGUUCAGCAACAAUUGGGCGGUCGGCUGCAGAUCAUGAUCUGUGGCGGCGCUCCACUCAACGCCACCACUCAGGCCACUAUCAAAGCCGCGCUCGAUGUGAUACUAGUGCAGGGCUACGGAGCGACUGAGACAAUGGGCGCUGUGUUUUGUAUGGACUUCCAUGACCUGUCCUACGGUCGAGUGGGCGCACCUCUACAGGGGGUUAAAGUCAAGCUCAUCGACUGGGAU